AUGGACAUACGAGAUGCCAACGACGAGCUGGCGAAACAAUCACACGUAACCGAGGAGGUGCCGCUGUCUACGGAGUAUUUUGGAUUCGCAUACUACCUCACUGCCUCGGUGGUUUUGAUAAUCUACAUUAUAUGGGCAUUCACACCCCAGGCAUGGCUCGAAUCAAUACAAAUAUACUACUACCCCUCCCGGUGGUGGGCACUGACGGUGCCAGCGUUUGUCCUGGUGUUGCUCAUGUACAUUUACGUUGCAUUAACAAGCUACAAUAUCGAGGUACUUACUUUCGAUCCAAUACGACCAGAAACCAUCACCGAUCUCGACGCUAAGAUCGACGGGGACUAUUUAUUUGCUCAUUCGGCUGCGGUUCGGGAUUUGCCUUUAGACAAAGUAUGCCAGGUACUUUAUUCAGAUAUUAAAUAG